AUGCAACCUAUCCUCACUCUUCUCUCCUCUGUCAUUCAUUCCGGAAUUGUACGAACACAAUCUACUCCUUCCGUCCCCCCACCUGCGAAAUUUCACAUGGGCGAUGAUUUCCACUGUUGGGCUCGGGCGGCCCAGGACUAUAUCGAAAUUGUUCCGCCACCAGACCGCAGUGAGGGCGAGGCCAAUGAUAUUGUGCGAGACAAAGGUGUACUCGACGCGCCCAUCACCCCAGAAACCUUCCAGAGACUUCGGGAUUGUCUCACAGAUCGCCUCCACAAAGCGGAAUUUGUUCAUCAAUUCCAAACCCGCGUUCAAAUCUCCGGCGAACGCCUGGUCUCGUUCGUUCGUGCACUUCGUCGCCUAGCAGUUGAAGCAUUCCUGGACACUGACCCCGUCGACCGCGACGCGAAGGUGCUCACGCAGAUCCUGAUGGGUACGCGGGACCCACCGGUGAAACGGUGUUCCGUGCUCAACCCACCACCUACGGCAGCGUUGGACGCCGCCCGGCGCCUCGAGCAGGUUGAGGCUGUACUCAGUGGUGAUCAGAUACCCGAAACACCUACAACCACCCCCGUGAGUGGCCGUCGCCCUCAACGCCCGUUCGGACCUCGUUACAAUCAAGUCCGUCCGUGA